AGGAGGUGACAAUCAAGAGGGAGACCACACACAGGCUUUUAAAGGCUGUAAGACAAAUUUAAUGAAAGUAAGGUAAAGCAACUUAAAGACAAUUUAAAGGACAUAACAGCCAUAACUGAAACUUCCAAAUGAACAUGAUGGGUGCCAGACAGAGAGAGUGAGAGCCAGCGAGCACGUGAGCUGGUUCAGUCAAGGUGUCUUUAUAUACACUGGGACUGGCCUUCUCAGGUGUGCUGCAUCUAUAAUUGGGUCAGCUCCACCUACCUGCAAGAAACGGGUAACAGAAAAAGCAAAACACAAGGCCAGCCCACUGGCCGUCACAUGAUGAAGACUCUGGUUUGGAGUAUCAACUCCCGCCUCAUCAGCGAUGUGCAUGUCACCUGCUAAACCUUGUGGCAACAACUGAUGUUGCCCUAGCAGAGAGCAUGAAUGACACCUACAAGAGGCUCUCCCGUGCAACCUUUGCAAAAUGCCAGGCCAUUUGGAACAAAACUGACCGGUCUCAUUUGGUUAAUGAAGUGGUAGAGGACAAGUGUGAGCUACAGAUCAUUCAUCCCAAUGCAACACGGUGGAAUUCAACCUACCUUGCCAUUGAAAGGAUAAUACGCAUCAUUGAUGAGAAGGGGGAAGAUGCCAUCAGGAGCAUUUGUGAGGAGUUCAAGGUGAAAAUGUUGAGUCCUGCAGAGGUUGCAUUCCUAAGGGAGUACUGUACCACCAUGAAGCCACUGGUGAAAGCUUCAAACAUCCUUCAGUCUGAGUCCACUUCCUUUAUGGGAUGGCUCCUGCCAGUAAUCCAACAACUACUGUCCAAACUUAGCAGGCUGGAGACAUCAAGCAAUACAUGCGUGCCACUCAUCAGAGCCCUGCAAAAUGGCCUUCAAAAGUGUUUUGGACCGAUGAUGGAGGAUCCAGAGUUGGCUGCAGCUGCAGUCCUCUUACCCAAGUUCAUGACUUCCUGGACUGACAGAGCAGAUGUAAUAGAGGCUGCCUUGACAUACAUCAAACAACAUCUUGAAACGACGGAGCAUGAGAGUGAAGAUCAGCAAAGAGAGUCAUCUGAUGAAGAUGAAUUCUUCUCCAGACCAAUCUCCAGAAGGCUGCAAAGUGCAGUUGAGCUUGAUGGUUAUCUUGCUUGUGCCACAGACACCAUGGAGCUGCUGCACUCCUCAGCCAUCAAAAACCUCUCUCUUAAACUGAACACUGCUCUGCCUGCUUGUGAACGACGUUUUAGCUGUGCUGGUCUACUCUUCACAGCCAAAUGA